AUGGCUAGCGACACCAAUACCAUCAAGUAUACGAGCACCUACGCCAACCCCGACCAGCUCGAGCCUCCCGUCUUCAAGGCCCAGCUCCAAUCCGACAUUGCCUCCACCUCUUCCAAGAACCUCAACCCGUCCUCUCCCAUCUGGAACACCCUCCAUGCCCUCGUCGACCAGGCCGUCCUAAACGACGCUCAUGCCCUCACCGCCGCCGCCAUCAACCUGCUGCACACUGCCGACCCAACGCUCAUCCUCGCAGCCCGCGCGUCCCCAAAGUCCCUCGCCCGCUUCGCGACCAAAGCCUCCUUCGGGAGCCACGACAAGCACGGCAACCCCUCCGACUCGGCCUGGAAGGCGGUGAACGACUUCAUCGCGAUGCGCAUGCCGGCGCGCGUCCCGGAGAUGACGCUUCGACAGCGUCAAGCGUCUCGUGGCCGCGGUCGCCAAGCGCGGCGGAAAGUGGUGUGCCUGGAGGAUGGCGAGGACAGCACCAGCACCUGCGCCAGCGCGCCGAAGGACUUGUGCUGCUUUGUGUACGCGUGGCUUCCUGCGGUCGGGUCCAUUAUGGAGGUGCAGGUGAACCACCCGUUCGCGUCGUUCACGUUUGCGCGGGACUCGUUGCUGCGCGAGCACCCGGAGCGGAAGGGGGAGCUGGUGGAUAUGUGGGACGAGGGGCUCUACGGAGCUGUGGGGGAUGCGCUGCGCCGGUCUGAGGGACCGGAGGAGGAGGAUAAGGCCGCUGUGCGGGAGAAGGUGGCGAAGGCGUAUGAGACGAAGACGAAGGAUGUCGCGGUCUUCGAGAUCUUGGAGGCGGAGACGCUGUUGUAG